AUGGAACCAAUGGAGGAAAAAAAACCUUCUCGUUGCUUUCCCUGGAAGCCCUGUUUCCAGAUUGAUAACGAGUGCUGGAACAAGAUCAUCUCGUACCUCGUCGUAUUGGUCUUCUGCUGUGUAGUUGUGCUGAUCUCUUGGUUCUUCUUCAAUUGGCACAUCAAGGUCGCCGUCGAGUCCGCCACCCUCAGCCGCUUCGAUCUCGACUGCAACAAUAUUCUCCGCUACAACCUCACUUUGGGCGUGAGCAUCAGGAACGCCAACCUCGCCUGCGUCUCCUACGGCAAGAUCACCGUCACUGCUCUGAACAACGGGACGGCGUUCUCUUCGGCAGACAUCUCCUCCUUCAACCAGGGCUGGAAGACCACCACAAUGGUCUACCCGGCAUUCCAAGGGCAAUGGCCGGUGGCCGGUAACUGGUCGUCGGCAAGUUACAACAAAGAGAGAGGGGAGGGAAUCCACAGCAUUAAUGUGACGUUAAAUGGGAACAUUAGGAUUACAUGGCGGGUGAAGGAAGACAAAUACUGGAAAACGCGCAUCAGGCGGUAUCAUAUGGAAGCCAAUUGCGCGCUGAGAAUCCCCAUGGCGGGCUCGGCGGCUGCUUUCAACAAGACUAUAUGUAACGUCAAGCUCUGAGAAAUGGCUGCGGCCUUUCGGCUCCGGGCAAGCGUUUCCCAUCUUUCAUUCACGGUGCUCUUGAUUCUUUUUAAUAAACAUUUUUUGUGCAAAUGUCCCGUGUCUCGAGAGCAGAAACCACGCCUAAUCUGGAUGUUCUGAUUGGAUGCUUGUCUUCCCCAUCCCGUCAUUUCUGCCUCGUUUCCUUUGAGAAGCUCCAUGAGUCCGGCGAUUCCGAUUUCUCUGCAUCUUUUUAGGUGUCCCAUCGCCAACAACAAUUCAGAGCAGAAGGCAAUGUCGAUCGCCUGAAAGUCUGUCUGCAAGAGCUCCGGGAAACUGUCCCCAGCUAUCCGGGAGAUCAGAUGCGGAAAGUUGCCGUGGGUGAGCUUCACGUUACAGUAGGUAUCUGGAUUUCUGUCUUUGGCAGUCCCGGCAAGGCUGGGGAUCAAGGUUGAGGACGAUCGAGUGAACUCGAUCGGCGUAUGAGUCGACUUGGCCGAGUACCGAACUCGGUCUUUGUCUCAAACCCACUCUGCUAAAGCCCUGACCAUCCCACCAGCGGGCUUAACAGGUGGCCAUGCGCCUGGCCAACAUUUAUAUUGAUUAUACUUCAAGAAAAAGCGUAUAUGUAAUCUUUUUAUGAAUAAGCCUUUAUGGUCUUGAAAUAUGAAUGCAAUGAACUAUAAUAUGAUUUAUCUAUCUAUAUAUACCACAUAAUCACUUGGAAAAUGAGUCAACCCUCUUUUGCCUUUAUGAUUACAAGUGUGCACAUUUUCUUCACGUCAUGCAAACUUUAGGGAGAGGUGGUAUAGAUAAGUUCAAAAAUCCAUAUAACUUGCUUACAUGAGCUACUGAAGAAUUUGGUUUCAAAAAAGGUGUUCGGCAUCUAGUGGGUUUCUUUUUGAUAAUGUCGAUCAACAUUUGGAAGACAGAAAAUUUAAAAUAUAGAACAAAAAAUUAUGUCUUAAAGCAAGCUCUUAAAACCUAAACCCUGGUGCCUAAAACAAAGAGUACUGAAAGCAAAAAUAUUUCACUAAAAAUCAUUUUAUCUUUUUUCUUGAAAAUAUACCUCUUGUGCAAAGAUUCAGGAAACCGGAGGACAAUAUUAUUGUCUGAUUUCAUGUCAACUAUUGAUUGUAUCCUUGUCAGCAUGGUCUAUAUAUGAAGAUGAAUAAAAUUGAAUAAAUCCUAUUAUGCUUUUACGUUAGUGAUUUAAUUUACAUAAGAAAUUACCAAAAAAAUUAAAAUGUGUAAUUGGAAAUUUGCAGCAUAUAACAUGCACAAGACCAUAUAUUCCAUUCAAGUCAAUGUAACAUGGAAGAGUCAAAAUUCAACUCUUUCAAAGUUACUUAAACAAUCUUUCCUUACAUCAAACCUAUAAUCAAUUAUAAUCUUUAACAAAUUUUAUCUGAGAAGAUAUUUUGAUAUUUGAGGUGUUGAUGAAGAAAAGAACACAUCAAGAUUUGCAUUCAUCAUUGAAGACGCACCACUUGUCAAAUUUAGAUUUAGUUUGCAUGACAUCAUUCACUUGGAAAGCUAAAUGAAUCGCAUUAUUGCUUAGAGGUUUCCACAAACUUGGUUGAGAAACUAGCUGAUCAAUCUUUAUAUUUUCAAAGGGAGCCUACAAGGACCUAUGCUAAUAAUAACUUAUCAAUCACCUUAACAAAGUGACAACUUUUGUUCGUGAAAGUGGCAAGUAUUCUGACACAUGCUCGCUUUGUUUGGUAGCGUGUGGAGAAGAAAGAUGCCCAAAUAACAUUUGUGAAAAGCCCUAUUAAUCGAACUAUUGAUAGCUUGGCCUACCCUUCCAAUAAAAUCCAACUCUUUGAUGAACUCAAAGGCGCGCGGCUUUGAGCUGUUGGUUCAAUAAAAUUUAAUGGAAACUUAUUAUUAUUUUUAAUUCAAGCCUUUAGUGUUGAAAUCCCCUCCCCCCCGGGGUACUUGAAGAGUCAUUUUCGGAGAAAUAUAGAACUUGAAUUCAAGAAAAUCAAUAAAAUAUCAGCACGUCGGAUAUUUUCGGCGCCCCCUCCUACUUGCAGAUUUGCUGCGUCGCCGCGGCGGACUCCGCGGAUUCAAGAGCAAGAGCAAGAGCGUCAUUGGCCCCGCGCGCCAGAAUGGAUCUCAUCAACGGAGCCCGGCAAGAGCACGUUCUCUACAAACUCUUCUAAAUCAUGCACCUUCCGAUUAUUCCUUUUCUUGUGAAAGAUGGGAUCUAAACUAGCGUCUUUUGACCUGGACUGCCCGGGUGACGCGGAUUAGUAUGAGAAGCGGUCAACCGCGGCGGAAUCUCGUGCCUCUUAAGAUCCCGCGAAGCUGGACAAAGCGACCCUGGAGCUAUAUCGAUUCGUCAAUGGAACCAAUGGAGGAAAAAAAACCUUCUCGUUGCUUUCCCUCGAACCCCCGUUUCCAGAUUGAUGGCCGGUGCUGCUGCAAGAUCAUCUGUACCUGGUCAUAUUACUGCUCCUCGUCGGUGUAGUUGCGCUGAUGGUUUGGAUCUUCAUCAACACUAAGUGGCACAUCAAGGUCGCUGUUGAGUCCGCCACUCUCAGCCGCUUCGAUCUCGACGGCAACGCGACACUCCGCUACAACCUCACCCUAGGCGUGAGCAUCAGGAAUGCCAACCGCGCCGACGUCUCCUACGACAAGAUCUCUGUCACUGCUCUGAACAAUGGCACGGCGUUCUCCUCGGCGGACGUCCCCGCCUUCAACCAGGGCUGGAAGACCACCACAAUGGUCUACCCGGCGUUCCAAGAGCAAUGGCCGGUGGCCGGCAACUGGUCAUCGACCAGUUACAACAAGGAGAGAAGGGAGGGGAUCCAGAAUAUUAAUGUGACGUUCAAGGGGAACAUCAGGAUCAGGUAUCAGGCAAGAGACAAAUCUUGGCGCAUGCACACCAAUAGGUACUCUAUGGAAGCCAACUGCGCGCUGAGAAUCCCCUGAUCGGGCUCGGCGGCCGCUUUCAACAAGGCUAUAUGUAACGUCAAGCUCUGAGAAAUGGCUGCGGCCUUUCGUCUCCGGGCAAGCGUUGCCCAUCUUUCAUUCACGGCGUUCUUGAUCCUUUUUAAUAAACAUUUUUUUGUGCAAAUACUCCGUAUCUCGAGAGCAGAAACCACAACUAAUCAGGAUGUUCCGAUCAGGAUGUCUGUCUUCCGCAGCCCCUCAUUUCUGCCUCGUUUCCUUUGGGAAUCUCCAUAAGUCCUGGGAUUCCGAUUUCUCUGCAUCAUUUUGGGUGUCCUAUCGCCGACCACACCGUUGAGAGCAGAAGUGAAUGUCGAUCGCCUGAAAGUCUGUCUGCAAGAACUCAGGAAAACUGUGCGCAGCUAUCCGGGAUAUCAGAUGAGGAAAGUUUCCUUGGGUGAGCUUCACGUUACUUUCUUCACGUUACAAUCGGCAUCAGAGCCUCGAUUUAUGUGAUUAGCAGUCCCCGCGAGGUUGGGGAUCGAGGUUGAAGACGACCAAGCGAAGUCGAUCGGGGUGUGA